CCUUCCGGUUCAGGAGUUGUGGCUGCGUUUUUUACUCUUUCAGACCCGUGCGCGUCCCGGUUUCCCGGUGUGUAACCAUGGAAACCCGACCCGCCGGACAGCCGACAGCCCGGAAAAUGGCUACCCCGACGGUAACCCAGAUGAACGCGGAGUUUGUCACUCAGCUGGCAAAAACUUACUGGGCUCCACACUCAAAGAAGAAGCAACCCUUUGAUUAUAAGGUAAUAGAAGAUAUAUACGUGAAGGAAAUUGUAAAAUCAAGGUUUGCCAUCAGGAAGAUAAUGCUCUUGGAAUUCAGCCAGUACCUGGAGAACUAUCUGUGGCUGAAUUACACGCCAGAAGUUUCUAGCAAAGCCUACGUAAUGUCCAUCUGCUGCAUGGUGAACGAGAAGUUCCGCGAGAAUGUGCCUGCCUGGGAGACUUUCAAGAGGAAGCCUCAACACUUUCCUUCGUUCUUCAAGAGUAUUAUGGAAGCAUCGGUAGCUGAUGAGGCGGAAAGUGAAUACUCCUUACACGAGCGUACAAUCUUGCUUCUUUUCCUGGAUCACUGCUUCAACAGCUUGGAAGUUGAUUUAAUCCGUGGACAAGUUCAGCAGCUGAUAUCUUUACCCAUGUGGACCUGCCUGCAAAACCAUCGUCUAGAGCAGGAGCUGAAGAAGAUGCAGAAGCUGAGGAAGUUUUGGAAUCUCAUAAAGAAAACCGAUGAGAAGAUGGAUUCCCAGGCACGGGCACAGGCGACUCAGGAACGAACAUUUCUUUGGCAGCUUAUCCAGAAGUUUUUAUCGGUUCUCCAAUCCAUCUCAGCUUCAGGACCAGUGCCGCUGGAGAAGGUCCACUACUGCGAACGCUUCAUAGAGCUGAUGAUUGACCUGGAGGCCUUACUUCCCACCCGGCGCUGGUUCAACACGGUGUUAGAUGACUCUCAUAUUGUGGUCCAUUGUCACUUAUCUAACCUCAGCAAGCGAGAACAGGAGGGACAUCUCUUUUCUCAGCUCCUGGAUAUGUUGAAAUUCUACGCUGGGUUUGAAAUUAACGAUCAGACUGGGAAUGCCUUGACAGAGAAUGAGAUGACAACCAUACACUAUGACCGCAUUACCUCCCUUCAGAGAACGGCUUUUGCGCACUUCUCUGAGCUGUAUUGCUUUGCGCUGUCCAACGUGGCUGCUGUGGAUACAAGGGAAUCUCUUGUCAAGUUCUUUGGACCUCUUAGUACCAGCACCCUCCACCGUGUGGCAUCGCACCUCUGCCUUUUGCCUGCUUUGCCUGAAGGAGUUGAAACAAAAUACGAGAAGGAGUUUCUCAUGGAGCUGCUGGUGUCACGUCAUGAAAGGAGAAUCUCCCAGAUCCAGCAGCUGAACCAAAUGCCCUUGUACCCAACAGAGAAAAUCAUCUGGGAUGAGAACAUCGUACCCACAGAGUAUUACUCCGGAGAAGGGUGCCUGGCAUUGCCAAAGCUCAAUCUGCAGUUCCUUACGCUCCACGACUACCUUCUACGGAAUUUCAAUCUUUUCCGCUUGGAGUCUACUUACGAGAUUAGACAAGACAUAGAAGAUGUGGUAUGCCGGAUGAAACCAUGGCAGUCUGAAUAUGGCGGCACAGUGUUUGGCGGAUGGGCACGCAUGGCCCAGCCAAUCGUGGCUUUCUCCGUUGUGGAAGUAGCCAAGCCUAACAUAGGUGAAAACUGGCCAACGCGUGUCCGAGCCGAUGUCACGAUCAACCUGAAUAUCCGAAACCAGAUCAAGGACGAAUGGGAAGGCCUCCGUAAGCAUGACGUCUGCUUCCUUAUUACCUUGAGGCCCACCCUGCCAUAUGGUACCAAGAUUGACCGCCGUCAACCCAUCGCCGAGCAAACUGGCUUGAUGUAUGUGCGAGGCUGUGAGAUUCAAGGCAUGCUGGACGAGAAGGGACGUGUCAUAGAGGAAGGUCCAGAGCCUAAACCCAAGCUGAAAGGGGACUCGAGGACGUACCGUGUAUUCCUAGAUCCCAAUCAGUACCAACAGGACAUGACUAAUACUAUCCAAAGCGGGGCGGAGGACGUCUAUGAAACAUUUAAUCUCAUAAUGAGACGGAAACCCAAAGAAAACAACUUCAAGGCCGUGCUGGAAACCAUCCGGAAGCUCAUGAACACGGACUGCGUGGUGCCAGACUGGCUCCACGAUAUCAUAUUGGGAUAUGGAGACCCAGGCAGCGCCCAUUACUCAAAGAUGCCCAACCAGAUUGCAACUCUUGACUUCAACGAUACGUUUUUAAGCCUGGACCACCUCAAGGCUUGCUUCCCUGGCUAUCGGGUCAAGGUAACGGUGGAGGACCCAGCUCUGCACAAGGCUCCUUUUAGGAUUACAUUUCCAAUCUGUGAAGGAAAAGGGAAGAAACGGAAAAGCUCAGAUGAGGAGGAGAACACGCAGGAGGAGCCCCCAACAUUGAUCGUAGAACCUCACAUCAUCCCAAAUCGUGGGCCGUACCCAUACAACCAGCCAAAACGCAAUACCAUUCAGUUUACCGCCACCCAGACGGAAGCGAUCCACGCCGGCAUGCAGCCCGGUCUUACAAUGGUGGUCGGACCCCCCGGGACAGGGAAAACUGAUGUGGCUGUUCAGAUCAUUUCCAAUCUAUACCACAACUUCCCAGAACAGCGGACACUCAUAGUUACCCAUUCCAACCAGGCUCUGAACCAGCUAUUUGAGAAGAUUAUGGCCCUUGAUAUUGAUGAGAGGCACCUUUUACGUUUGGGCCACGGAGAGGAGGAACUGGAGACGGAGAAAGAUUUCAGCAGGUAUGGGCGAGUGAAUUAUGUGUUGGCAAGGAGAUUGGUGCUUUUGAAGGAGGUAGCUCGCCUACAGGAGAGCCUAGGAGUCCCUGGGGAUGUAUCUUAUACAUGUGAGACAGCUGGCCACUUCUUCUUGUACCAGAUUAUGUCCCGGUGGGAGGCCUACCUCAGCAAGGUGAAAGCAAAGUCAACGCAGGCACUAGAUGUGAAUGAUAUUUCCAGUUUCUUCCCCUUCCACCAAUACUUCUCGAAUGCACCCCAGCCUAUCUUCAAGGGGCGCUCAUACGAGGAAGACAUGGACAUUGCUGAAGGGUGCUUCCGGCACAUCAAGAAGAUCUUCACCCAACUAGAGGAGUUCCGAGCUUUUGAGCUGUUGCGCAGCGGACUGGAUCGCUCCAAGUACCUACUCGUGAAAGAAGCAAAGAUCAUCGCAAUGACCUGCACUCACGCCGCUCUGAAACGCCACGACCUUGUGGAGCUGGGAUUCAAGUACGAUAACAUUCUGAUGGAGGAAGCUGCUCAGAUCCUGGAAAUUGAGACAUUCAUCCCCCUCCUCCUGCAGAACCCCGAGGAUGGUUUCAGUAGGUUAAAACGUUGGAUCAUGAUUGGGGAUCAUCACCAGCUGCCCCCCGUCAUCAAGAACAUGGCUUUCCAAAAAUACUCCAACAUGGAGCAGUCGCUCUUCACGAGGUUCGUUAGGCUGGGGGUGCCAACUGUGGAUCUCGAUGCCCAAGGGAGAGCCAGAGCCAGUUUGUGCAAUCUCUACAACUGGCGCUACAAGAGUUUAGGAAACCUACCACACGUACAGCUGCUUCCAGAGUUCAGAGCAGCCAAUGCCGGCCUCCAGUACGACUUCCAGCUUAUAAACGUGGAAGACUUCAAUGGAGUUGGAGAGUCUGAGCCUAACCCAUACUUCUACCAGAAUCUGGCCGAAGCGGAAUAUGCGGUGGCGUUGUUUAUGUACAUGCGUUUGAUUGGCUAUCCAGCUAACAGGAUCAGCAUCCUCACCACAUACAAUGGACAGAAACACUUAAUCCGUGACAUCAUCAAGCAGCGAUGUGGCAACAACCCCGUCAUUGGACAGCCCAAUAAGAUAACGACUGUAGACAGAUUCCAAGGACAGCAGAACGAUUACAUCAUCCUCUCGCUGGUCAGGACCAAGGCAGUCGGCCACCUCAGGGAUGUCAGGCGUUUGGUGGUCGCCAUGUCCAGAGCUCGCCUCGGUCUGUACAUUUUUGCCCGGGUCUCCCUGUUUCAGAACUGCUUUGAGUUGACUCCGGCGUUCCGCCAGCUCACGGCUCGCCCCCUGCAACUGCAUAUCUUGCCAGGGGAGACGUACCCAGCUACGCGAAUGGUAAGGAACAACCGCAGCACUUAUGCUUUAAUUAACGCUUUCAUCUGUCCUCCUCUUAACUGUCGCUGUUUUACUGUUUUCCAGAAUGGGGAGUUAUCUUACCCUGCCCAGGUCAUUAAGGACAUGCCAGAGAUGGCGACCUAUGUGUACAACAUGUACAUGCAUAUGAUCCAGAGCAGUCAUCACUACCAGUAUCGCCAGGGUCUAAUGGCACCUCCUGCAUCCACAAAGCACGAGGACCAUCACCCCUCUCAGGAUGAAGAGAUGGAAGUAGAAAGUUUACCCUCAGAGACUAAAACAGCCGAGCCUCUGACAUGUCCAGAACAGGACCAGUCCUCCGAGGUAGAAGUCUCCAAAAACAGUACCGAUGGUGGUACAGAGAUACUUUCAACUCAGAGUGAGGAGAAAGAGACGGAAGCGUCCGAUGCCACAGAAGACAUGGCAGAAUCCUCCAGGGAGCAGGAAGGAAAAGCAGAGACCGAGCCAGAGAAAAGUGACGCUCAACCAGCCGCAGCAUGUGAGGAAGGAGCCAGGAACGAAGAGGUGGCACCUCAAGGCGUAGUGGAGCCAGCAGAAGGGCAAAAUGAAGAGGACGCAGAACACCACGCAAUGCCCCAGCAUCCUGGGAGGGACAGUGACAGUGAAUACAGCGAGGACGAGGCCUAGCGGUUGACAGAUAACAUUCUCCCCAUAAUAUAAACCGGUUUAGUAUGUGGCUUCAGUUGAAAAUGCAUUACCAGAACGCAGUUCAGGGUGGAAACCAUUUGGUUUUGGCAAUCGCUUAUGAAAAGCUCCACCAUUCCAGCGUUCAAAUCCAUAAAAUCCUUUGUACUGUGUUUUCUACAGCAGUCUGUCCCCAUUUAUAGUAAUGGAAAUUAGAAGGUCGAUCUAAAAUCCGGAAUUCACAUCCAAACGCAGGAGGACAAUGCAGAAUUGUGAUGCACUGGCGUAGGAUUGUAUUCCUGGAUCGUUUCCAGUCCAUGUACUGAAAGAAGUCUUGUAGGCUAUUGUAAUUAAGGAGGCAGACGCUCUGUCCACUUUCUUUGGGUGGAAUAUGUUUAGCUGUGAAAUUACAAGAAGAUGAAUCAGGGAGUAUAUGUUUUACUACUAUGACAUGUUUGCCUUCUCCCGCAGGGGAAAUGUUGAUUCACAAAGGUUUUCUGGGGUUUUUGUAUAAUGAUAAGCAAAGCUUUGCAAUAAAGUUUAUUUUGUAAAAAAAAAAAAAAAUUAAA